GCAAAUAUAUCAUCCCUUUCGUCACCCCCACCUCCCCUCCCGAUCCCCGUGCGCCGCCGUGCUUCUCCCCAGUCCCCACGUCCACUCGUCGCGUCCCCGUCCGCCGUACGCCGUCUCGUCCCCACCCAAUCGCCGCCCCGGCCGCCGUCCGUCGGCGCCGCGUCCCUGCAGGUAGACCGGAGAAGGUAGGGUGGUCCGCUGCGAUGGCGCGCGUGUACGUCGGGAGCCUGGAUCCUGCCGUGACGGCCCGGGAGCUCGAGGACGAGUUCCGCGUGUUCGGGGUUCUCCGGAGUGUGUGGGUUGCAAGAAAGCCACCUGGUUUUGCAUUUGUUGAUUUUGAUGACAGGAGGGAUGCUCAGGAUGCAAUUAAAGAUUUAGAUGGCAAGAAUGGUUGGAGAGUUGAGCUGUCUCGUAAUGCCAGCAGUGGUCGUGGUGGUCGUGAUCGAUCUGGUGGAUCUGAGAUGAAGUGUUAUGAAUGUGGUGAGUCUGGUCACUUUGCCCGUGAAUGCCGUCUGAGGAUUGGUUCUGGGGGCCUAGGCAGUGGAAGGCGUCGCAGCAGGAGUCGAAGCCAUAGCCGCAGUCGGAGCCCUAGAUACCGCAGGAGUCCAAGCUAUAGCAGAAGAAGCUACAGCCGCUCUCCAAGGCGUCGUAGUGUGUCACCGGCUCGUGGGCGCAGUGUUAGCAGGUCACCAGUCCGUGGACGUGACGAAUCUCCCGCCUAUAGCAAUGGGUAUCGCCGUAGCAGGAGCUAGAGCUGUAUGUGAUGUCUGGAGAGUGUUCUAUUGCAAAUAUUACUCUAUACCCGUCUGCUAUGAACAGUGUCAUGUCCCCCAUUUGAAAGAUCCGCCAUCGACUGCUUGAGUUUGGUUAAGUUCCCCGUAACUUUUUCCGCCCUAUUAUGGUUGUGUUUGAUUUUAUCUCUAGAUAAACUUAUGGAUGGGUGUAUCAUUAACUAAGACCAGCUGUCUUUCUUUUGUGUGUUAAAAAGGCGUCGUCCUGCACUGCUUAAAAGCGUCGGCCGGCUACGGCUUUCGGUUAUGUCUUCAUGGUUUUGCUCACUCUCCGUUCCUCCCACGCCCUCGCCUGCUCCAUGCAAACUGCGUAUUAGUUCCUGCAGAGGUCCCUUCUGCGUCGCGUGUUCUUCGUUGAAGAUGCUGCUCGUCAAAAAGCAGUAACCACCUUUCUUAUUUUGCAAAUUGGUAAGGUUUGAUUGUGCUGAUAAAUGCAGCUUCUGGAAGUGUUCGAAGCGCAAAUUUCUUUGUAGGAGAGUCUCCAGAAACUGCAUCUGCUUCUCUGGGACUGCCAAGGUAUUUAGUUGAACGGCUUGCACCCGAGGUCAUCUGGGGCAACUAUACCAGGGCAAGCAUUGCAAAAGAGGUGUAAGCCUGUCUAGACUGCGGUGCAGAGUUUCGGCAGUUGGCAUUGUUCUUCAUGCUCUUUGUUCUCAACUUAUCCCCUACAUGCUUCCCUGACAUGCUGCUGCUGAACAGAGAUGCUGCCCCUUCUCCAUAUUCUGCUUUCCUCACUGCGUGUCCGAUUGAGCUCCUCAGUAGCAUUCAAGUCCGAUAUCUUCCAGUGUCCAGUCACAUGCCGUUGCUGUUGGGUGCAACAUAUUCGUGAAUAGGUUUGUUCUAAUUUGGUUGAGCCUGCACUCGUGGACCUGAAUUUUCAGAUCCUAGAUUGUUCUGACAUUGUCGUGUUAUUUUACCUUGAUCCACUUUCUGUUUUCA